CAUACCCUUUUCAAGCUUGCUCUCCUCAACGGCGACUACCUUUACUAUGACCGUAAAUUCCGGCCAAUAUGACUGGCAAAGUCGAUAAACUCAUCUCAUCCGUGACACUGGCUGGAAGCCUUUUAUCUUGUGUUGCCACUACAUGUGUGCUUAUUUCGUUCGUCAUAUAUCGCCGGCAUCUCCGAAACUUUCGACAUGUCCUCGUGUUGAAUCUUAUGGUUGCAGAGUUUAUCAACACUCUCAACAACUCAAUAUCAGGCAGCAUAUUCCUCAAGACUGGACAGCUCCAAGCUGGAAUACCAUGCGUCGUCAACGGGUUUAUCGGCCAGUUGUCAGUUUCAGCAGCUGACUUUUCAGUCCUGGCUAUUUCGGUUACAACCCUGCUCACUGUGAAGAGGAUGUUGUACAUACCGACAACUUCAAGAACGAAGAAAGCAUUGAUUUGUGCGGCAGUAUGGACAAUGCCUCUCAUCACAAGUAUCAUACCGACUGCUGCGGGUGAGAUGAAGCCAGUGGGCGGGAACUGGUGCUGGAUAUCAGCAACACGACCAGAUUUACGCUACGGUAUGACGCAUGGUUGGCGCUUCUUCGUGAUUUUCACUACUAUUAUUAUCUACAUCUACAUCUGGAUUUACUUAAGAAGACAUCUGGGCUCAAAGCCAAAGCAACCUCGGCAGCCUCUAACCUUCUCGACGCACAAUACCAAUACACUCUUUUCCAAAGGCUCCAAGGGCGCGGGAUUCCAAGUUAUGCAAGAGGACGAAGUAGAGCUGGACACUUUCAAGACGAGAUACGGGAAUACUGAUACUCCCAUUUCGCCCAUAUUCGAGCGAGGGAACAAGAUAGACGAGAUCGAGGAUAUGGAAAGAAAAGGUGAGAGCGAGGCGAGCAAUAGCAGAGCAAGGGGAGAAUCUGUCCGUCAUCGGCCAACAUCAUCAAAAAGAGGAGCAGAGAUGGCCUAUACAGGACUUGCUAACACUGAACCAACCGAAGCAUUACCGAUUCCGCAGCACCAGAUCAACAUAUUACAAACCAACGCCAGCGAAUUCCCUCAGCGCCGGGCCACCCACGAUGUUGAAGUCGAAAUCAAGCGGAUGAUGUUACUGAAUGGGUAUCCGGUUAUGUAUGUCCUGCUCUGGAUUCCGGGACUUACGAAUCGACUCCUGGAAGCGAUUCAGACGCCGGUAUCAGAUACGACGAUUGCUGCUCUCAAUACCUCAACGCAGUUCAUCGGCUUUGCGAAUGCGGUUACUUAUGGGUUUAAUCACCAUCUAAGGGAUAGGCUGGAUGCGCUUUAUUGGACGCCUAUGAUUAUGAGAAUGAAGAAGCGGUUUAGACAAUAA